AGCUUAUUUAAGAAAGACAUUGGAUGGGAUGAACGGUUAGAUGAAGAGUCAUCCAAUACUUGGAAAUUGUUACAACAGGAAUUAAGAGAAGCGACGCCAAUUAAAACACCACGGUGUUAUUUCAACGGUGUUAUAUCUGAAGAUAUCACCACUAGUUUGGAAGGAUUCUGUGAUUCAUCAGUGAAGGCGUAUGCGGCGGUUGUGUAUUUAAGGCUAGAAACAAGAGAUUGCGUUCAAUUGAACAUCGUAGCUUCAAAAACUAGAGUAGCGCCUUUGACGAAGCAAUAUAUACCGAGACUUGAACUGCUUUCAGCACUAAUAUUGGCAGGAUUAAUAACGCAUAUAAAGGAAGCAUUGGAAGGAUAUAUCGAUAUUUCAUCCAUACGUUGUUGGUCGGAUUCGGAACUCGGAAUGACUGUAACAAAUUCAUUCGGAACUCGGAAUGACUGUGACGGAGUCGGAUUCGGAAUGACUGUAACAAUCUUUCUCUUUACGGGAUAUGUGGCGAAACUCGUGAGUGGAAACAGUUUGUACAAAAUAGAGUCCAAGAAAUAAGAAGUCUUGUUCCACCAGAACUGUGGAAUCACUGUGCUACCAAGGAUAAUCCGGCUGACAUUCCGUCGCGAGGAACAUCCCCAGUAGAACUAUCAAACAGUAUGUGGUUUGGCGGACCAGAAUGGCUGAAUAUCUACACGGAUCCGAGUGAACAAACAAGUAUGAACGAGAAUGAACCUCCGAAGGAAGUGAUCAAGAAAAUGAAAUUAAAGAAGUCAAAGAAACCUUCAGAAACGUCAUCCUUUAACACGGCUUGUGAAGUAGGACAUAUUGGUGAAAUCACCGAUUGUAAGAGAUUUAGUAGCUUAAACAAACCAGAGAGAACUACAGCGAUAGUGUUGAAAUUUAUUCAGAUGUUCAAAUCGAAGACAGAUCCGACCGUUAAAGCAAAGCCAUUAACAGACUACGUGUUACAAGCGGAGGAACUUUGGUUAAAAGAUAUUCAAUUUCAACUGAUGUCGAAGGCGAAGACAAGAAAAUGGGAGCGAGAAUUCGGACUGUACCGUGAUGAGAGAGGUAUUUUGAGAUGUGAAGGCAGACUCAAGAAUUCAGAAUUAACCACGACGCAGAAACACCCAGCAAUCUUGGAUGCGGAACAUUAUGUAACGUCACUAAUAGUGAGAGAUAGUCACGAAAGAGUAAAACACAAUGGUGUGAAAGAAACCUAGACAGAGAUUAGAUCGAAAUUUUGGAUUGUUAGAGGUCGUCAAUACGUGCGAAAACUGAUACAUGAAUGUGCAGUAUGUCGACGAUAGGAAGGACUUGCUUACAAACCACCAGAUAUACCAGCAUUACCUGUAUUUAGAAUCACGAAAGAUCACCCUUUCACGUACACAAGGGUGGACUUCGCUGGACCACUGUAUGUGAAACAAGUGAACGCAGUGGCCAUGGAGAAGGUUUACAUGGUUAUAUAUACUUGUGCUCUGUGUCGCGAGCAGUACAUUUGGAUGUUGUGAGUGAUAUGACGGCAGAAGCCUUUGUAAGAAGUUUUAGGAGAUUCACAGCCCGCCGAGGAAUACCACGAGAGGUGAAAUCAGACAAUGGAAAAACAUUUAAAGCGGCUUCAAAACAAUUAGUAGCCCUAUUCGAGAUUCCAGAAGUGAAGAAAAAUCUUUCAGAUCAAAGCAUCCGAUGGACAUUUAACCUUGAGAAGGCACAAUGUUGGGGAGGGUUCUUCGAGAGACUAAUUAAGAGUGUGAAGAGAUGUUUAUACAAGAUUCUUAAAAAUGCCAGAGUCACGAACGAAGAACUUUAUACCGUGAUUACGGAGAUAGAAGCAACAUUAAACUCGAGACCGCUAACGUAUGUGUCUACGGAAGACCUAGACGAACCAAUUACACCUUCACAUUUGAUAAAUGGAAGAAGAAUAAACUCGUUGCCGGAUGCAGUUAAGCCAGGAGAGGAAUCGAGAAUUGAAGAGAUAACCAACAACAAAGUUGCAAGACGAGUAUCGUAUCUUAGAACUUUAAAGGAACACUUUUGGCUGAGAUGGAAGAAUGAGUAUCUGCUUGAGUUACGCAAUGCUCGUCGACAGAAGACUAAACGACAGAAAGGAAAUUGUAUUAAAUUUGGAGAUGUUGUAGUUAUUCACGAAGAGAACGUACGUAGUAAGUGGAAACUUGGUAGAAUCGAGAAACUGAUAGAAGGAAUCGAAAGGACGGGGCUAUUCGCGGAGCGGUAGUUAGGAAAUUAACAGACAAAGGAAGAAAAUGUACGGAAAUUAGACGACGGCCAAUUCAGAAAUUAUACCCGGUUGAGUUGUCGGAAGGCGAUGAAGAAAUUGUAACGGUAGGAGAUAAUACGGAGAACGCUUCAGAGAAAGACGAUCAGAAGACGGAAUUGAGAAGGAGACCAAUACGGGAGGCAGCAAGAAAGGCACAAGCGAGGAGACAGGAACUCAUUGAGUCAGGAAGUUUGUGGACAUUAACGUUAUUAACAUUUACUUACUUUAGUUAUGAAACUGUUAAGUUGACCAUUGUAAGUCAUAAGUCAUGGUCAACUGAGGGAGUGUAG